CUGUUCGGCUCGUAAUCCUGAAACCACAAGUACUGAGACAAGCGGUAAAACAUCUGCGUUGCCAAACGUCACUCGUCCCAAAAUAGACUUUACACAUCGGAUAAUAGCUUAUUAACUGCUACGAGUGUUAGUCGAGACAUCAAAUCCGUGUACGCCACAAUAAUACGAGUUUUCCCUCUUGUCAACCAAGGUUCGUCCAAAAUGUCUGGCGAACCGCACAGCCGCCCGCAGCCAAGGUUGUCUUCGUCGUCGUCCACUAUGGAAGCGGCCGCCACUGCCACGGUCAGUCCUAGCAAAUAUGUUAAACUUAACGUCGGUGGAGCUCUUUAUUACACGACGCUAGACACUUUAACGAAACAAGAUAACAUGCUUAGGGCGAUGUUCAGCGGUAGGAUGGAGGUGUUGACAGAUUCAGAAGGUUGGAUCCUGAUAGACAGAGCUGGUAAGCAUUUUGGAUCCAUUUUAAACUACCUCAGGGAUGGAUCAGUACCGCUGCCAGAAUCAAAACGAGAGAUUAGUGAACUAUUACAGGAAGCUAAGUAUUACCUUGCACAGGGUCUUGUUGAACAGUGUGAACUCAACCUUCUUAAGAAAAAACAAGAAGUAGAUCCAAUUUGUCGAGUUCCCGUCAUUACGUCAUUGCGAGAGGAAGAUAAUCUUAUUACAUCAUCAAAUAAGCCAAUAGUCAAAUUAUUAUACAACAGACAAAACAACAAAUAUUCCUACACAAGCAACUCCGAUGACAAUUUACUGAAAAAUAUAGAACUAUUCGACAAGUUGUCGCUGAGGUUUAACGGGAGAGUUCUAUUUAUCAAAGACAUCAUCGGUCGUAACGAAGAGAUCUGUUGCUGGACGUUUUAUGGUCAUGGACGUAAAGUUGGCGAAAUUAGUUGUACUUCGAUAGUUUAUGCCACAGAGAAGAAACAAACAAAGGUUGAAUUCCCGGAAGCCAGAAUCUAUGAGGAAACGCUGAACAUCCUACUGUACGAAAACCGAGGGGGACCUGACGCCGAGUUGAUGCAGGCCACGUGCGGGUCACCAAGAAGAGUACACCACAGCAGUGAUGAUGAGAGGGAUGACCGAGAACAACAACAACAACAACAACAUCGAGGGCCUCGGAAAUACUGACCAGAUGAGGAACAUGAAUAGUGCCAUCUGUAGUUGAACUAGGUUGAAUUGGUAUUGCCCUCUGGUGGCCAGUAUAUUAUUAAUUCUCACUCCCUGCCUGCCC